GGCGGGCGCUGCCCCGGAAGGCACCGCCCCGGCCCCCGCGCGCAGGGCGGAAGCGCCGCGGCGGCCGCAGGGAGGGCGGGUCCCGGCCGCGCUGCCCGUGCCGCUCCGCUGCAGCCGCCAUGGGCACCCGCGACGACGAGUACGACUAUCUCUUCAAAGUUGUACUCAUUGGCGACUCUGGAGUGGGCAAGAGUAACCUUCUGUCUCGAUUCACUCGCAAUGAGUUUAACUUGGAAAGCAAAAGCACCAUUGGAGUAGAGUUUGCAACAAGAAGCAUUCAAGUUGAUGGGAAGACAAUAAAGGCUCAGAUAUGGGACACAGCAGGGCAGGAGCGAUACCGAGCUAUAACAUCAGCGUACUAUCGCGGAGCUGUGGGGGCACUAUUGGUGUAUGACAUCGCUAAGCACCUUACUUACGAGAAUGUGGAGCGGUGGUUGAAAGAGCUGAGAGACCAUGCUGACAGCAAUAUUGUAAUCAUGCUUGUGGGAAACAAGAGUGAUUUGCGUCACCUGAGAGCAGUCCCUACAGAUGAGGCCAGAGCUUUUGCAGAGAAAAAUGGUUUGUCAUUCAUUGAGACAUCUGCUUUAGACUCCACAAAUGUGGAAGCAGCUUUCCAGACUAUUCUGACAGAGAUCUAUCGUAUUGUUUCCCAGAAGCAAAUGUCUGACAGACGUGAAAACGAUAUGUCUCCAAGCAACAACGUGGUUCCCAUUCACGUCCCUCCAACCACUGAAAACAAACCAAAGAUGCAAUGCUGUCAGAAUAUAUAGAAUCGUUCAAUCUUUCCUAAGAGGCUGUGUAUAUUCCCCAGGUCUAAAAUUUAAAUAUAUUUGUAAUUCUUGUGGUUACUUUCUUGUGUUUAGUUACUGCUUAGUCCUUCUGAAUUUCUCCAUGUCUUAAACACUUUGAUUUCAGUGUUUAUAGAUCUGUUGCUUUGAUGUGGCUGCAGUAUUUUCCCAACACCGACUUGUUGGUUUUGGUUCAGUAAUCAUUUGGAACUGAACUGAUCUCUUUGCAACAUGAUGCCCGCUGGUCAGAGCACAGACACCUUUAGUGAGCACCUGAAAAUGUUCUGCUCCUUGCAAAGAAUUAUUGUCAGGUUUACUAGGAAAAUAUCUCUGGGCAGGAUAAUCUUUCCUUAUCUUAAGGUGUUGUAUACUGCAUCUAAAGCUUGAUGAAAUGCCCGUUGCUCUGAAGUGCAAUUUUAAUGUAAGUUAAAUGUUUUUGGCUACAUCUUCAGAUUGUCAAGUUAAGGAUUUUUAAUGGAAUAUUAUGGGGGAGAAAAGAGAAUUUCUUGUGAACCAAGCAGUAGGGUUCUUGCUACCUGUGAGUGAGCUUUUGUGGUUUGGCAUCUGCUGCAGAGGUGGCUGUGCUGUGGGGCAGAGCUGCUGGGGAGCAGAGAGGCAUUGGUGGCACUCCCGUUGCGGCGCCUCUAGUGCAGGAGGGCCAAAGCUCAAGCUGCGUGACUGAUGAGGAGUCACUAACACUGCAACGUGCAGCGUGGUUUAGUGCUGCCCCAGACUUGGCCUUUGCAGUGCAGGGUUUGAGGACGACUUCUUUCUUCUGUGGUACAGACUGGAAGGGUGUUGUCACGUAUUACAGAUCACAUUUAUUAAUAUAUGCCAUGUAUAUUAAUAUAUUCCAGUGCUUGAGUUGAUGAGUCAGUAACUUCCAUAACCUGGUCUUAGUUCUCAGUUCUGUUUCAUCCGGUAUUUUAAAUUAUUCCAGUGGUUUGGUAUAUUUUCUUUAACAAAACCGUCUGGAGUAGUUUUCCUUCUGUGCCUGUCGCUCGGUUCAAAUCAUCUGUUCAAUUUGCUUGUUCAGGGAUAUGUGAACUGUGCCUUCUGUCACUGCACUCGCUGUGUAUCGCCCAGUAUGUGCUAUUCCCAUACACGCCAUUAAUACUGAGAUUUGGGGGCUGUAGGAACUAGAGUUCUACAGUAUUUAAAAGAAUUGCUUGUUGUAUAAAUAGCUGCAGUCAUUUAUACAAUUGCAGGGAAAUAACUGACUGCAGGGGAUGUUUCUCAGACUCUGAUAUGACCCACUUGGAACAUCCAGAUCUGGGUAGGCACCACCAGCUGCGUUUCGUACCCAACCUUCCUGUCCUGCGGUGCUCAUGAUGUGUAAGGCACACGGAAGGCAUUGCUGUAGUCGGUCACAUGUUAUUUUUUAAUCCAUUUCUCCUCCUGGUAUUAGUUCUG